GCUAUGGUAGGUAACCUGUUUUCACAGCCCAGAGCCCACAGGUUAUGUUUUCUUGUUUUGUUAAAUUGAUUUCAAGUAAUCUUGUAAUAUACUGUGCAAUGUUCAUUAUAUAUAAAUAUUUUUAAAAUGGAAUGUGAUUUAAAUGAAGAUAUCGAUAUAAAUGAUGUUUUUGAUGAUAUUGCAUUAUCAGAAGAAAAAAUUGUUCAAAACAGUUUCCAAGAAGGUUUGAGUAAAGGCGUUUUGGAAGGUGAAAUCGAAGGUUUCCAUUUGGGAUAUCAUAGAGGAUCAGAAAUAGGAAGUGAAAUAGGUUUCUAUAGUGGUUUUGUAGAUAUAUUGAUUUCCAUUUCCACUUUGAAAGAAGAUUUCCCUCAGAAGGGAAUAGUUAUUCUAACCAAGUUGAAAAACCUACUUCUUGAAUUUCCUAGAAGUAAUGUAGAAGACUGUGACAUGGUUCAACUACUAGAAAACAUUAGAUCACUUUAUAAGAAGUUGUGUGUCAUGCUGAAAAUUGACUGUAGACUACCGAUGAAAGACGAACUGUCAUUCUGAUUUACUAACGGUUAUGGCUAUUCAUGAUAGAAUGAACUUCAAGAAAUCCUUGCCUCAAGUCAGGCAUAGAUUGAUUGAGAUGACAGAUUAUAUAAAACCAUUCUUACCUAUUCUGGAAUGUCAUAUGGUUAACUUUUAUACAAACAAUCUCUGGAGCAAAAAUGUGCCCGAGAAAAUAAAAGUAGAGGUAGAGAAAUGCAAUUUGAUAGUGAAUGAAUUUUUUGAAGAAUCACCAUCAAUCAAAAAUAGCAAGGAAUUGCAAACAUUUAUAGAAUCUGCUAAAAAAUAUUUUCCUUCAACUUUGGAUGUAUGUCUCCAUGAAAAAGAGUUUUACAAUCUUUUCAAAGAUUGGAAUUGCUCUCGAGCUAACACACUUCUUGAUAACUCCUUCAUGUCGUUCAAGAAGUCGCAUGAAGUUGAAGUAAUGAGUAACGUAAUCAAGUAUUUAUCAGAAGGCUUUGGUUGCUCACAUAUUCUUGAUCUUGGAGGAGGUAAAGGCUACUUGGGCUCAGUUCUAGCUCUGGAACAUAAAUUAAAAGUUCUUAGUAUUGAUUCGUCGAGUUCAAAUACUCAUGCAGCUGGAAAGAGAGCUCAAAAGAUGGAGAAAUAUUGGCAAGGGAUAAGAAAACGGAUUGAAACUGGUAUCACCAGAAAAGGAAAGCAUUGGAAGGCAAACCCUUCACAAAAUGAAGUUACCGACUCUCCCAACUCUUCAUUGCUCUCUACAGAUAAGGCUAAUAAAGAGGAAAAACGUAUAAAUUUUAUUGAUCUGUACAAAAAUGUAACUAUGUUUGUGAAUCCUGAUACUGAUGUUGUAGGCGUUUUGAGGGAAAAGUUUAAAGAAGAAAAUGAUGACCUAUCAAUUGCAUUGGUUGGUUUGCAUACAUGUGGAAACCUAGGGCCAAGCUCAAUUGAACUAUUCCUGAAAAUGAAAAGUGUUAAACUACUUCUAAAUGUUGGAUGCUGCUAUCAUUUGCUGACUGACAAAUUUGAGGGAGAGCAGGAAACCCAAGUAGCAACGAAUCUUUGCUCUUAUAGCGCUGGUUUUCCAAUGAGUCAAUUGCUUCUUUCAAGGGGAUUUCGCUUGACUUACAAUACUAGAGUUGUGGCAGCACAGUCUGUUGAUAGGAUCAUGCAGGAUAAAGUGAUUCCAUCUGCAAACCUUUUUUAUCGAGCUCUAGUGGAAGUAUUAUUGGUAGAGAAAUUCAAGAUAGAGGAGAUUUUCAAGAUAGGCUCUAUCAAGUGUGACUCUUUUCCUGAAUAUGCAAGAAAAGCGUUGAAGAAGUUCGAAUUACAAGAUAAAGUCACGGAUCAUGAGCUGGAUGAACUAUUCAAUAAAUAUGAACAACAUUGGAGCAAACUACAAAUUUACUUUAUGAUGAGAGUGACACUUGCUCCUAUUGUCGAGGCAAUUUGUCUUCUCGAUAGGCUACAAUACCUACAUGAGCAAGGAAUUGAGGAGGCUUAUCUAGUACAGCUGUUUGACCCAGUGAAAUCUCCUCGCUGUUACGGAAUACUUGCUGUCAGGGAUUAAACAAGAUCAUGUUAAGUGAGACAAAUUUUUAACAUACUCAUUUUGAAUAUUAUUCUCAAUUUUUUGAAAAAUAUACUUGAUGUUUUCGCAAAUUAAAACGUUUCAAGUACU